AUGUGUGAACUAUUUGACCGGAUCGUUUACGGUAUACCUGUCCCAGCUUUGUCAUUUUUAAUGGCCACAAAAGUACUGAACGAAUCGAAAAGUACUCGAGAAGUCUUAAUGGAAUUGAGAGGGACACGGCUUCCAAAAGAAAUCAUACACCUAAUCGAUACGGCAUUGGUGAAGGGGAAGGCUUUCGAAUUACGAAAAGAGUGGCGGAGCUCGCUCAAACGGUCGCUUCCGAGUUCGUUCGAUGAUUCUCUUCACGUGGAGGAGUCAAAGGGGUCGGUAGAAGAAGUUUGGUUGGACAUGCUGAGCAAAGACUUGCUAUGGGAAAUUGUGGAUUCGAAUCAGUGCUGCUUGAAACCCAGGAAGCUGUACCAUGAUGAGGAACAUGAGCUUGCACGACACUUGCGGGAAUAUCUGAGCACUUUGCCACAGCCCCUAGUGAUAGUGAACCGGACGCUACUUUCAAGGGACUCCAUGAUUGCCAACGAGAAAUUUCAUGAAAAUUCUGAAAGCACUGAAGAAAAUGAGGAAGAAGAUAUUCUUGUAAUCUGUCUGCCCAACCACAUACUUCAAUAUGACAUCCGACCCUCUUUCAACAACAAAGCAGCCAUUGGUCAGAUCGAUCUGGACGACUGCGAUGCGGAUAACCUCGAACUCACCCGGGGAAUAGUAGAGAAAGUCGAUGUGGAAACUGGAUGGAACGAGGACUUUAUACUUUCAAUGCGACAUCAUUUUCAGUACCUUUUGAAACAAUGCGAUCUAGCCCUCGGCAAUGAGAACGGAAGUGGCCUUUUCGAUAAUCGGGAUCGGCUAUUGGGAUGGUGGCGUGUUGAGGAAGUUGUGUGCGAUUGUCAGUGUGAUGACAUCUCGCAAGGAGCUGGUCACCGGGUUCAACAUACAUAA